CCCCCCCCCCCCAAACACACACAAAAACAAUUAUUUCUCCGCUUUGGCCAGGGAUAAUCAUGGCCAGUGCCACCACGUACGGCACCCGUGAGCUUUAUGGAGGGGCGAUAACGGUGGAAUUGCCCGUGGAAUUGAUUGAUUCAAGCGACAUCCGCCAGAUCCCGGACCACCAAGAAGUCUUCCUCUCGCCGACGACGCUGACGUCUAUCAUCUUCGAGAUCAACGACUACGUGCGGCCCGGCGGCGCCGCGAAUCCCAGUCCCUCGCCGGGCCCGACAACCACCACCUCGACCACCACCGCGCCGGACGGGACGACCACGACCACGACCACGACGGCCGUCAGCCAGACCAUCGUCAACGGAAGGGCCGCGGCCGCGACCUCCCAAACUCCACAGGGAGGGGAGGAGCUGGACGCCGAGGCCGCAAAGUACCACUUCACAGACGUGAUCUCGCCGCCGGACACGCUGGCCUCGCCCCUGCCGAACCCGCAGCCCGUGCAGAUGGUCGACCCCAGCCUGGCCGGCUACCCGGCGUACAUGCUGGCGGGGAACAUCAACAGCCACGAAAUGGCGGCGCGUCGGACGACGGCACCAGCGCCCUCCUCCCAACAGCAGUCACAACCACGCCCCGACCCGACGUCGCUGGUGCACCAGCUCGCGCUGCUGGUGCGGCUCCCGCCCUACAACGCCGAUGUGUGCGUGCGCGUCAACGUCCCCGUCAAGGAGUUCGUCGAGGCCGGCCAGCGCAUGGGCUCGGCGUCCUCCGCCGGUGGCGGCAGCAGCGGCACCGAGGCCAUGAUCGCCCAGGAGGUCGGCCACGCGCGCGACAUCCUGGCCCGCAUCGUCGGCACCUUGGCCGUCCGGGACUGGAGCCUCUUCAACGCCUGAAGAAGGGGGAUGGAUCCGACAGGACACGACACGACAUGACCCCCAUGAAUAAAAUACCACGCGCGCCGUUUGGAAUGUGUUUGGAUGGAAGAAAGGUAUGGUUAUCACGGACCUCCACUCCCCAAGGAGGGAGGAAAUGGGAACGGGAAUGGGAAUAAGAAAGGGAGAAGGACAAAACAGGUUGGUAGAGGCAACCAGAUCAAGAGAGACACCACCCACUGUACUCUUUCACCAUGCAAUGGGAUAGUCCACGUCCCGCGUAUGUAGGUUAGUAGUAGCUACAGCAAAUGCUCGACAGUAGCUACUUAGGUAGUCACAUUAGAUAGCGACAAAUCCAAAUCCAAAGAAUCAUAGACACAA